AUGAGUAAGCACCCUGACCCCACUCCAAUCCGUUUCUUCAAGAUUAUUCCUGGAACAAGUCUUCAAGAAGGAAAGCUGAGGAUCCCAAAAAAAUUCAUUAGGAAAUAUGGUGGUGACAUGUCAAACCCAAUGUUUCUUAAGCCUCCAGAUGGCACUAAAUGGGAAGUAUUUUGGACUGAAAAUGAUGGUGAUAUUUGGCUUCAAAGGGGUUGGAUAGAAUUUGCCACAUAUUACUCCCUGGAUCAUGGUCAUUUGCUGUUGUUUGAAUACAAGCAAACUUGUAAUUUUGAGGUACACAUAUUUGACAAGAGUACCCUUGAAAUAGAUUAUCCUUUGUAUGUCCCUCAAGAUGCACAGGACAACCUUGACCAGACUAGUGAUGAUGAGUCAAUUAAAAUUUUGGAUGCGGUACCACCACGCCAUAAGACUAGACAAAAAUCACCAAUGCCUUCUCCUCAACCACGUAAAAAAUCAAGAUCUGACACAAGUGGAGGUGUGGAGAGAAGAUCCACUGAGCAAAAUCUGCCUCAUCAUGCCCAAACUGAAGGCACAAACUUUGAGAAGUCUAAGUUUGCAUCUGUAAAGAAAGAAUCGGAUGGAUUUCCUUUCCGUGGCACUCAAUAUGGGCAACCACCAUGCCAGAACACUAGACUGAAAUCACCAGUGGCUUGUCCUCAAUCACGUAACAAAUUGAAAACUAGCACAAGAUCAGGUGAUCGGUCUCAAGGGACAAACUUUGGUAAAUCUAAAAUGGCAGCUGUCAAGAAAGAAUUGGAUGAGGAUGUGGAUGGUACCUCCCCCAACACAAAUGGAGCUCUGAAAGAAGCUGAUAAAUUUGCCUCAGAAAAUCCCUUUUUCACAGUCAAAGUGAGGCCGGGAAUUCAAUCUAGACCGUCGUAAGAGAGUACUUCGAUAACAAGACACAGAUUGUGAAGUUACGGUGUGGAAAGAAAGUGUGGCCUAUCAAGUUCCUAUGUUAUCCACACAACUCUGCCUCCUUUUUUUCUGGAGGUUGGUUCCAAUUUGUAAAAGAAUGUAAAUUGGUAGUUGGAGAUGUUUGUGUGUUUGAGCUCAUCAACAGAGAAGAUGCAGUGUUUGAUGUUCACAUUUUCAGACGCCACACUUAGACAAUGUAAUUGGAGUACUGUUACUCUAAAGAUGUAUCACUCAUUUUAUUGUAGUUAAGAAAUCUUAGGACUUAGGAGGCUUUUCUACCGAAGCAUAUGAUUACAUUAUGAGGAACAA